AUGUGUAUGUUAACAAGUAAACCUCAUAGCGUUAAUUCAUGGGAUUUUUUGAAAGAGGAUGAUUAUUUUUAUGAAAUAACGUUAGAUGCAUUGAUUCCUUUAAUGUAUUGCGUUAGCUCGGUUUCUUUCCUGAUAAUAAUUUACAUCAAAAACAUCAAUAAAAACAAUCAAGUUUAUCAACCUUUAUUAAAUAAUCAACGACAGGAUUCAGCUUAUGGUUCUUUCCAAAGAGGACCUGAAACUCUUGGCGAGAAUUUAGGAGGCCAAGGUCAAGAAGAAGAUGAUAUUGUUGAAAAUGUAGAAGAGGACGAAUACGAUCAUAAUUCAGAUGCAACAUUAGUAUCGUCAGAUGAGCUUAUUGGUCCAACUAAAAAAACAAAAAAAUUUGAUAUUGUUAGAUUGCUUCUUAGUUCAAUAAUGUUGACAAUAUUUUGUUUAAUGUCGUUUGUCAGAUGGUUAAAUCGUGAUAAAGAACAAAAUGGAAUUUACCUCAUCAUGACUCCUUUAAUCGAAAUACUAAUUUGGGGUCGUUACUUAUCACCGGAAUUAAGUGCCUCUUUAUACGAUCAAAUUACCUUCUCUUGGGUUAAUCCCUUGAUGAGCAAAGGUUUUAGAAAAACUCUUGAUGAAUCUGACAUUUACGAAUUACCAAAAUUUAACAGGGCUAGAAAUAUAUUAAAAAAAUUUCAUUCAUCACGAAAAAGUUCUUUUGUUCUUUCCUUGUUUAGUACUUUCAAGAAGGAGCUCUGUAUUCAAUCUGCAUACUCUCUCGUCUGGAUAACUAUAAGUAGCUUUGGUCCACCUUAUUUCCUAAAAGAAAUAUUAAUUUAUGUAGAAAAUUAUCCGAUUAAACAGGAAGAUUCUUGGUCAACUGCUUACUACUAUGUGUUUGGUUUAUUAUUGUCUACGAUAGUGCCAAGUUUAUGUUUUCAACAAUCUUUAUAUAUUGGUCGUCAAAUAUGUAUAAAGAUUCAGGAUACCAGCGGUGCUACAAAUGACGAAAAUUCAAAAAAUAAAACUGGAAAUAUUACAAAUCUCAUGGCUGUCGAUGCUCAAAAAGUCUCUGAAAUUUCUUCCUAUUUUUUUUACCUAGCAAUGUUACUUACCUAUCCUGUUCCUACAUAUAUAAAUCAACGUUUUGAAAAAUUUCAAAAACGUCUUAUGGCUGCAACAGACAAAAGAUUGGGCGUCAUAAAUGAGUCUCAGUUUCGUGGUAAAGUAAUGGAGGCUCGUGAACUGGAACUUAUAGAAAUUCGUAAUCGAUUGGUGCAAUGGAUCUAUCUGGGUUGUCUUUGGACUGCACUACCAUUGUUGAUUAUGUUAUCUGUGUUUUUAACCUAUACCAAAAUACUUGGAUAUGAUUUAUCUGCUCCAGUCGCCUUUACUGCACUUGCUCUCUUUAACAAGCUUCGUCAUGCUUUAGAUGAAAUACCAUCAACUAUAAUAGCCUUCAUUCAGGCUCGUGUCUCUAUAUCUCGUGUUGAGAAAUUUUUGGCUGAGCCGGAAAUUAGUAAUAAUAACAAUAAAUUAAAUCAACAAUCAUUAUUUGAUGAAAAUAGUCGAUGUUUAAUUGGUUUCAAGGAUGCCACAUUUAGAUGGCCUGAUGGCGGUGACUCAGAUACUACUACACUUAACAACCUGCCACCAUCGUUAGAUUCACCAUCAAUUAAUGACCAAUCAAAUAAAUUCCAUUUACGAGAUUUAAAUGUUAGUUUUCCUGUUAAUGAACUAUCUAUAAUUUGUGGUCCAACAGGCUGUGGAAAAACUAGCUUACUGAUGGCUUUAUUAUGUGAAAUGGAAUGUUUAAGUGGUUAUGUUUUCUUACCUAGAAAAUCUAAUAGUCAAUUAUCAAAAAAUAUUGUUGGUGGUGCUCCCAGCGGGGUUGCAUAUGUUGCUCAAACAGCUUGGCUUCAAAAUGCAACCAUACGUGAUAACAUCCUUUUUGGUCUCCCGUAUGAAGAAGUUCGUUAUAACAAUGUCAUUUCUAUGUGUGCUUUAAUUAAAGAUUUAGAAGUUUUUGAAUCUGGUGAUACUACUGAAAUUGGUGAAAAAGGUAUUACACUUUCUGGUGGCCAAAAACAACGUAUUGCGUUAGCAAGAGCUUUAUAUUCUCAAGCUGAAAUAGUUAUCAUGGAUGAUUGUUUAUCUGCUGUUGAUUCACAUACCGCAAAAUAUUUGUACGAGAAUUGCAUUAUGGGUGAUUUAAUGAAAAAUAGAACAAGAAUUUUAGUCACGCAUCAUGUUGGACUUUGUAUCCGUAAUGCUGCAUUUGUUGUAGUAAUGAAAGACGGUCAAAUCACCGAUCAAGGACCUGCCAAUCAAAUUUUAUCUAAAGAGAAAAGAGAACAGGGUGCUGUUAAAUGGAUUGUUUACAAAACUUAUUUAUCAGCCACUGGUGGUUAUUUAUUUUGGGUAUUUUUAUUGUCCAUGUUUAUACUGGUUCAAGCUUUACAAGUUGGUCAAGCAUAUUCUGAAACUAGCCUUGUGAUUUCAAAUUUCACUUCACAAUUUUCAACUAUAUUUGAUUAUCUGAUAGCAUUAUUCCAAGAAUCUAAUUAUUAUUCAACAAACAUUUUCACGCCAUUAGAAUACUUUUCAAGUUCAUUUUCAUUAACCUCUACUAUCACAACCACAACCAGUAUCAUACAUGCAUCAAAAGAAUUUAAUUCUGAAACUACAACAAAAGAAAAAGUUGACGUAAAUUUUUACAUUGGUGUUUACGUGUUAAUUGGAUUAUUUACAUCAAUAUUAGCAUCCUUCAGAUCCUAUUAUAUGUUUAUGGGUUCGUUGUCAGCCUCCAAAAAGUUUCAUGCUGCAUUAGUGGAUCAGAUUUUAAAAGCGAAGAUAAGAUUUUUUGAUACAACACCAAUAGGUCGUAUAAUGAAUCGAUUUUCUAAAGAUAUGGAGACAAUUGAUCAAGACCUAUCACCUAUAUUGAUGUUCCUUAUUCAUUCUUGUUUUGCAACUGCCGCUGUCAUAUUUGCUAUAUCUCUUGUAAUGCCACAAUUUUUAUUUGCUGGUAUUCUCAUAGCAAUCAUAUUUAUCAUUAUCAGCGCGUAUUAUAUUGCUACUUCAAGAGAUUUAAAACGUAUAGAGUCUGUUACUCGUUCACCAAUAUAUGCAGCAUUUGGUGAGACAAUAAAUGGUGUUACAACUAUAAGAGCAUUCGGAGCACAGUAUAGAUUAAUGAACAAAACAUUUACACUUGUGGAUAAUAAUAAUACUCCAUAUUUAUAUAAUUGGGCUUGUAUCAGAUGGCUUCAUACACGUGUUGAUCUUGCAGGAAGUCUUGUAUGCUUUUCAACUGGACUUAUUAUUUUGUAUAGAUUACCGAAGGGCAUGAGUCCAGGAUUAGCAGGAUUUGCACUUCUUUAUGCAUUAAAUUUUACUGAAAUUGAAAGAGUUCAAGAAUAUUUGAAAUUAGAAGAAGAAGCACCUAGAAUUAUUGAAAUUAAUCGUCCACCAGUAGGAUGGCCAAUGCGUGGUGAAAUCCAUGUAAAUAAUCUUGUCAUGCAAUAUUCACCGGAUAGCCCACUUGUUUUGAAAGGUAUAUCAUUUCAUGUAAAACCAACCGAAAAAAUUGGAAUUGUUGGUAGAACAGGUUCAGGAAAAUCAACAUUAGCUAUUUCAUUUUUUAGAUUUAUGGAAUUUGUUUCUGGUCAAAUUAUAAUUGAUGGAGUUGAUAUUUCAACAAUGGGUCUUUUUGAUUUACGAAAAAAUUUAACAAUAAUACCACAAGAUCCUGUAUUAUUUAGUGAACACGACGAUUUAUCAUUAAUGAACGCGCUUCGACGUGCACAUUUUAUUGAUAGCGAAUCCACAAUAACAUCAUUGCCGACAACAUCGUCACCAAAUAAUAAUAAUAUAGAAAUUAUUGAAGAUGAUGGGGAUAAUAGUAAAGAUACUGAUGCGUUGUUAAUAGAUAAUAAUACUCAAGUUCAAAGUCCAACAACUCAAAGCUCAAAUCAAGUUACUUGGAGUUUAGAUUCACUUGUAAGUGAAAAUGGUGGUAAUUUUUCACAAGGUCAACGACAAUUGAUUGCACUCGCAAGAGCUUUAGUUCGUAGCUCAAAACUAAUAAUUAUGGAUGAAGCAACCGCUAGUGUUGAUUUCAAGACAGAUCAUAUGAUUCAAGAAACUAUACGACAAGAAUUUAAAGAGUCUACGUUGUUAUGUAUUGCACAUAGAAUAAGAACUGUCGCAGAUUAUGAUAGAAUCUUGGUUUUAGAUGAAGGAAGAUUAGUAGAAUUUGAUCAUCCAUAUACUUUAAUGCAAUCUAAUGAUUCAUUAUUUAGAACGAUGUGUGAAAGAAGUGGUGAAUUUGCAGAGUUAUUAGAUAUAGCCAAGGCAAAAUAUGAAAAGGAUUUAAUAUAA